AUGACCAGCAUGUCACACGACUUCCCGAUCCAUCAGUACAAGGCCGGCGGCGGCCACCCCAGCGGCCAGCGCGAGGGCAUCCGGGAGAAGCUGGACGAGUCGAUCCUGGGCCACCUCGCGCGGCUGUUUAACCGGUACGCCGGCCCGAACAACACGUGGCACCGCGACCAGAUCGGCAUCUUCAUGCAGCACGUGCAGGCCGAGGACCCGAACGGCCUGGCGGGCUACCUCGUCGACAGCGACGAGCUGUCGCUGCCGGAGCUGGUGCAGUACGUGACCUCGCCGUGCGGCAACGUGCUCGAGGUGGCAGCGCCGCAGGAUCUGAGCUGGUCACUGAGCAGCUACUUCAUCAGCUCGAGCCACAACACAUACCUCACGGGCAACCAGUUGUCGAGCGACUCGAGCGUCGAGGCGUACCGAGACGUGCUGCUCCGCGGGUGCCGGUGCAUCGAGAUUGACGUCUGGGACGGCGAGGAACGGUACAAGCCAGGAUUCGAGUCGGACACUGCGGCGGCGGAUGGCGGCGGCCGGCCCGAGAAGAUCAGUCGGAGGGACCGCAUGGUGAUGAAGGUCGGCCGGUGGGUCAUGAACAAGUUCGAUCUGGUUGACCCGGAGGGCCGGACCGUCGACGAGAGACUCUCGGACAUCAUCCAGGCCGAGCCGCGGGUGCUGCACGGCUUCACGCUCACCAAGGAGGUGCUCUUCCGCGACGUGUGCAAGGUCGUGCGGGACUACGCCUUCAUCACGUCGGACCUGCCGCUCAUCGUCAGCCUCGAGGUGCACUGCUCGCCGCUCCAGCAGAGCGCCAUGGUCGACAUCAUGGAGGAGACGUGGGGGGACCACCUCCUCCCGGCGCCCGAGGUCGAGCCCGCAGCGCUGCCGUCGCCAGACCAGCUGCGUAACAAGAUCCUCAUCAAGGUGAAAUACGUGCCUGACGUCGACGACGACGAGAACAAGAACGGCACGGGAGACGCCAAUGCCGGAGGUCCAGGAGACGAAGGCGAUGGCGAUGACGUCGACGACGAAAGCGGUAUGCUCGAGGUCGUGACGGACGACGGAGCCGAGAAGAAGACGAAGCGCGUGCCGCCGCCCAAGAUCACGCCGCGGCUGAGCCGGCUCGGGGUGCACACCCGCGGCGUGACGUUCCGGUCGCUCGAGGCGCGCGAGGCGUCGAUGCCGAACCACGUCUUCUCGCUGUCGGAGCGGGCGGCGUUCGCGGUCCAGCGCAAGAUGCCGCGGGCGCUGUUCGCGCACAACCGGGACUUCCUGAUGCGGACGUACCCGCACGGCAUGCGGCUGGACUCGUCCAACUUCGACCCGGUGCUGUUCUGGCGGGCGGGCGUGCAGGUGGUCGCGCUGAACUGGCAGUCGUGGGACGUCGGGAUGGUGCUGAACGAGGGCAUGUUCGCGGGCUCGGACGGGUAUGUCCUGAAGCCGAGGGGGUAUCGUCGGAGGGCUGGCGUCGGCGGCGAAGACGAUGACGACAACGACGACGACGACGACGCAAGAUCGGAUAUCCCGAGCAAGACGCUGGACCGGGUGGCCGUCACGGUGCUGGCGGCGCAGAACAUCCCGCUGCUGAACCGGGGCGACGACCCGGCCCGGUUCGCACCGUACGUCAAGGUCGGGCUGCACACGGAGCCGGACGCGCUGGCGGCCAUGGUGGGCGAGGACGCGAGCGCGGAGCAGGUCAAGCAGGUCGGGUACCGGGGCCAGACGGGGAAAGGCCGGGGCACGAGCCCGGACUUUGGCGGCGACGAGGUGAUUGAGUUCCUCGGCGUCGAGGGCGUCGUGCCAGAGCUGGCGUUUCUGUCGUUCGUCGUCAUGAACGACGUCGUCGGGCCGGACGUCAUGGCGGCGUGGGCGUGCGUCCGGCUGGACCGGCUGAGGCUCGGGUACCGUUUCGUGAGGCUGCUGGACAGGGAGGGGAUGCCGAGCCGGGGCAUCCUGUUGAUCAAGACGGAGGUUGCGGAGGCGGUGGCGGCGUGA